CUGGCUGCACAUUUGAAGAAGACGGGGACCUAAAUCAGUGUGAAUACAGCCAAGGUGUUGAAGAUGACUUUGAGUGGGAGUUGAUCCGAAGCUACCUUCUUCCCCAUCUGACCUCUGAUCUUCCUCAUGGUUCUUAUCUGAUGGUCAAUUCCUCCCAGCACAAUCCAGGGCAGAAAGCACAAAUCCUCUUCCAGACAUUGAGUGAAAAUGACACUCACUGCCUUCAGUUCAGCUACUUCAUGUACAGUCGGGAUGGGCACAGUCCUGGGACUUUGAAUGUCUUUGUCAAGAUGAAUGGAGGGCCACUGGGAAGCGUGGUGUGGAAUGUCUCUGGCUCCCAUGGUCGGCAAUGGCAUCAGGUGGAGCUCGCCGUCAGCAUGUUUUGGCCCAAUGAAUACCAGGUAUUGUUUGAAGCAGUCGUUUCCACUGAGCGGCAUGGCUACUUGGGAUUGGAUGACAUCCUGCUGUUGAAUUACCCCUGCUCUAAAGCACCUCAUUUUUCCCGCCUGGGUGAUGUGGAGGUAAAUGCUGGACAGAAUGCCACUUUUCAGUGUGUAGCGGCCGGCAAGGCUUCUGAAACGGAGAGAUUCCUCAUGCAGAAGCAGAAUGGGGUUGUCAUUCCCACCAUCUCAGUGAAGCACAUCAGUCACAGAAGAUUUCUGGCUACUUUUCAAUUGGAUCAAGUGUUAAAAGGAGACCAGGACUUGUACCGCUGUGUGACUCAGUCUAGCAGGGGCUCUGGGGUCAGUAACUUUGCCGAGCUGAUCGUCAAAGAGCCCCCAACACCCAUCGCACCCCCACAGCUUUUGAGAGCAGGCUCAACAUACUUAAUCAUCCAGCUCAAUACCAACUCAAUCAUCGGAGAUGGUCCUAUCGUAAGAAAAGAGAUUGAGUACCGGAUGACUUCUGGACCUUGGUCUGAAGUACACGCUGUGAACAUGCAGACCUAUAAAUUAUGGCAUCUUGAUCCGGACACAGAGUAUGAAAUCAGCGUCCUGCUGACCCGGCCAGGAGAUGGUGGGACUGGCAAACCUGGACCUCCACUCAUCAGUAGGACAAAGUGUGCAGGUAAGAGUCUUCAUUACUUUGUGUAUCAAGAAAACCAUUGAGAGCACAACGGUGAUGCUUUGGCCACAGGGCAGUUUUUACCUGCUUGCAGGGAUAACAACAUGAAGGCUGAGAUAUAAUAUCCAGUCUUAUUUAUUUAUUUGCGCUGGUGUAUAUCUAAUAUUGCUUACCAUGCUUUUAAUCUGACUCUAAAAUCAAAGAAUCACAGGUUGAACUAAAGAAGAAAUAACAUUGCCAUGGCUAUCUCUGAGAACUUG